AUGGAGGGCAAAGAAGAAGAUGUUAGAUUGGGAGCUAACAAGUUCAACGAGAGGCAGCCAAUUGGCACGGCAGCUCAAAGCCAAGAUGACAAGGACUACAAGGAGCCACCCCCGGCACCACUGUUUGAGCCAGGCGAACUGACUUCAUGGUCUUUUUACAGGGCUGGUAUUGCAGAGUUCGUGGCCACUUUCUUGUUUCUGUACGUCACCGUUUUGACUGUGAUGGGCGUGUCUAAGGACAAGACCAAGUGUACAACGGUUGGGAUUCAAGGGAUCGCUUGGGCCUUUGGUGGCAUGAUUUUCGCUCUUGUUUACUGCACUGCUGGCAUUUCAGGGGGUCACAUAAAUCCUGCUGUGACUUUUGGGCUAUUUUUGGCAAGGAAGUUGUCCUUGACAAGGGCCGUGUUCUACAUGGUGAUGCAGUGCCUUGGUGCCAUAUGCGGUGCUGGUGUAGUGAAAGGAUUUUAUGGGAGCGCACGGUACGAUCUGGCUGGUGGUGGUGCCAAUGCCGUCAAUGCAGGUUACACCAAAGGUGAUGGCCUUGGCGCUGAGAUUGUGGGCACUUUCGUUCUUGUCUACACUGUCUUCUCUGCCACGGAUGCCAAGCGUAGUGCCAGAGAUUCCCAUGUCCCUAUUUUGGCACCUUUGCCAAUUGGGUUCGCUGUGUUCUUGGUGCACUUGGCCACAAUCCCAAUUACAGGAACCGGUAUCAACCCAGCUCGUAGUCUUGGUGCAGCGAUCAUCUUCAACAGGGACAAGGGCUGGGAUGAUCACUGGAUUUUCUGGGUCGGACCAUUCAUUGGGGCAGCACUUGCAGCUCUUUACCACCAGGUUGUGAUCAGAGCCAUUCCUUUCAAGAAGUGA